UUGCCCGAGAACACAACAUAAUGUCCCCGGCCAGGGCUCGAACUCAGACACUCGAUCCGGAGACGAGCGCAGUGAGACUGACCCUAUUUCAAACUCAAUACCUUUUCCAGACUAGACUCUGAUCUACUUAGAAACUGCUUUGGUUUGCUUCAAGAAUUGAAAAGGGCUUCAAGUUCCCGUUGUUCAUACCUUUUAAGAGAUUAUUUCCUGUAUUACAAUGAUGAAAACAUCAAGUUUUUUCCAGAAAUUUCUCAGUUGAUCCUUGUUCCAAUCAAAAUGCGCGAGUUUAAUGUAAUGUGGGACUUCGAACCUUAUUUUAUUUCCUGCUUCCCAUUACAUCAGUAGACGAAACAUGGGAAGGAAAUCGAAAUCCACCUAGCCGGGGGAGCGGAGGGGAGGGAAGGGAAGGGGCUGACAAAGAAAGUCAAAAUUCACAGACUAUAAAUAGGGAAUUGCACUAGCACUUCCACAUUGAAAACGUAACAAAUAGGUCGUGGAAAUUCAGUGCUAUUUUUGUGGAUGAAAUCUUCACCGAACAACGUUGAACAUUGAAACUAUGGCCUCGUACACACUAAUGCAUUUUCGAAACAAUGCUUUUUCGCCGGAAAAGCUCCCGUCCACGCUAAAAAGCUAGAAAACGCUGAUAUGCUUUGAGAAAACACCACAACUGUCAGUUACAUGUGACCGCAUGAUCUGAAUGACGUCAUCAUUUUCGCGAGUCUCCGACUUCGAUGUCCACAGUAAUACGAUAGGGCAACGUUUUCAAAUGUCUCCACCCUGGACAGCGUUUUCAAAUGUAUUCGUUUUCGAUCGUUUUAGCGUGGAGGGUAGGUGAAAAUGCAUUUCAAAAAGUAUACGUUUACAAAAGGCGUUAGUGUAGAUGGAGCCCAUAGCUAUAGAUAUUGGAGGCAGAAUUGACUCUCCUCUCAAUGAGGUGAACAGACGACAACAGAUGUUGUCUCAUACCUUUCACUUUUUCUUCUUCUAACAGAAAUGCUCGACGGACAAAACACAAGCGAGGUCUUGGAAGCCAUAUGGAUGGGUAUCGUGGUCGCCAACUUCCUUGUCAACACUUAUCGAGUUGAAAGGGCGAUAAAGUUGUGCAAAGAAUGCUUGAUCAUUCUAAGCAAGAAAGCUGUCAUAACAGAAACAGAACUAAUCCAAACAUUUUUCGAAGCACUACAUGCCAUAAUUUUCAAAGGGUGCGACGUGAUCGGUGACUACACCAAUGCCAUACAAUACGGCAGAAAACUGCUUGCUAUACACAGCAGCAAGAGUGCUGAAAACGCAGUGGGAAGAAUUAAGACAAGCCUAAGGCUGGCAACGAUAUAUCACCGUCAAAGUAAAUAUGUAGAAGCAAGACGACUCUCCGAGGAAGCACUGGAAAUAAGUAAAGAAAUAGGAGACAAAGAUGUCGAAGCUGCAUCUCACGAAAGUCUAGGAAUUGCGUUCCAAUCUCUCGGUGAACAUGUCAACGCCAAAGAAUGUCUUGAGAAAGCACUUGCGAUCAAGAAAGAAAUCGGAGACAGAGAAGGGGAACGAAGAUAUUACGGAAACUUAGGAAACGUGUUUGCCUCUCUUGGUGAAUAUGCCAAGGCUAAGGAAUUUCUGGAGAAAGACCUAACGCUCAGAAUAGAGGUUGGUGACAUGAAGGGAGAAGCAUCCUGUUACGUAAACCUGGGAACUGUGCUGCAAUAUCUUGGUGAAUAUGUUAAGGCUAAAGAAUAUUAUAACAAAGCUCUUACCAUCAGAACAAAAAUUGGACAAAGAGUUCAAGGGGCAGAUUACGCCAACCUUGGAAGUGUGUCUCUUUGUCUUGGCGAGUAUUACAAAACUAAAGAUUACACGAAGAAGGCACUUAUGAUCACAAAGGAAACCGGUGAUAGAGGUGGAGAAGCCACAUGCUAUGGAAACCUAGGAACUGCUUACCACAACCUUGGCAAAAUUGGAAAGGCCAAGGAAUUUUUCGAGAAAGCGCUGGCAAUCAAUCAAGAAAUUGGCUCUAGAAAUGGCGAAGCAGCAGGCUACGAAGACCUGGGAAAUGUCUUUCUAUCUCUGGGUGAUUAUAAGUUCGCUAAAGACUAUUUUGAGAAAGCGCUUGCGAUCAGAAAAGAAAUUGGUGACAGAAAAGGAGAGUCACUGUCGUACGGAGACCUAGGGAAGGUUUACAAAUCCCUUGACAAAUACGAGGAAGCUAACGAUUGUCACGAAAUAGCACUUGCAAUAGCGUUAGACAUUGCCAACAGAACUGGCGAAGCGACAUGUUACGGAGACAUUGGAAACGUAUUCCUGUCUAUUGGGGAAUAUGUAAAGGCUGAAGAAUACCUGGAGAAAGCACUUUUGAUCAGAAAAGAGAGUGGCGACAAAGACGGACAGGCAAAUGAUUACGCAGACCUAGGAACUGUUUUUCUUUCUCUUGGCAAAUAUGUGGAGGCUGAAGAUUAUCUUGAGAAGGCACUUGCAAUAACUAACGAGACCGGAAACGUUGAACUACAGUUGGAAUCUCUUUCGAGAAUUUCAUGGUUAAAAUGUUUACAAGGAGACAUUAAAGGAGCCAUGUCGUUUCUCCUUUCAAGUGUUCGUAAUUGCGAGGAGCUGCGACGUUUUCUUGGGGACAAUGAUGAAUUCAAGAUAUUGUUUUUAGACCAACAUGGUUCUAGGUACUGGACACUUAGUAGAUUGCUUUGUAAUGCCGGAAAACCAAUCGAUGCUCUUUAUGUUGCAGAGCUUGGACGAGGCAGUGCACUGGCCGAUCUAAUGUCAGCACAGUAUUCUGUGGUAAAACAGAUCUCUGCUCACCCUAAAUCUUGGGAUGGCAUCGAGAACAUCGUGUCAAGAGAAGGUAACGGCUGCAGUUGCCUCUACAUUUCGUAUUCUUCUGAAGAUGUAACUUUGUGGGUUUUGAAACGAAGCGGUGUUGUGCACUUCCGAGAAAGGGAAAUAACUGACACAAAUGUUUUCGGCGGUACAGUUAGAGAUUUGGAUGACUUUUUGGAUAAAAGCUUCAGAGGGUUUGGUAUUUUACCAAAGGGAGGUUGCGAAGAUCGUUCUUUGAAUAGUGGCAAACCGACAACCGGUUCCUCUGAGCAGGAGGAAAGCCUCGCCGGACCUUUUCGCCUUAUCGAAGAGGAGGAAGAAAACCAAGAUCACGUCUCAAGCCUCUCUUUGUGUCACACAAUGAUCAUCUCUCCCGUAGCUGACUUACUUGUGGAGCCCGAGAUCAUCAUUGUUCCUGAUCGCUCCUUGUACCGAGUACCAUUUGCAGCAUUACAGAAUAAAUAUGGCAAAUGUCUGUCCGAGGCCUCCAGGAUCCGCAUCGUGCCUUCUUUAAUGACUCUCAAGCUCAUCCAAGACAGUCCUGCAGACUAUCACAGUCAAACUGGUGCACUGAUAGUGGGAGAUCCUGAUGUUGGUUUGGUGCGAUACAAAGGAAGGAAACAGAGCAUAUCUAGAUUGCCCUGUGCAGGAAAGGAAGCAGAGAUGAUUGGACGACUGCUGGGUGUUCAACCUUUGUUAGGACAGCAAGCAACUAAGCAGGCGGUACUUGAGAGAAUCAAUUCAGUGAGCCUGAUACAUUUUGCUGCGCAUGGUGAUGCUGAAAGAGGAGAAAUUGCCCUUUCUCCUCUUCGCCCUACUAACAGAACUCCUAACGAAGAAGAAUACCUGUUAACAAUGUCUGACAUUUCAAGAGUUCAGCUGCGAGCCAAACUUGUGGUACUUAGCUGUUGUCACAGCGGCCAAGGACAGAUAAGAGCUGAGGGAGUUGUUGGCAUCGCUCGAGCAUUCUUAGGAUCCGGUGCACGCUCAGUGUUAGUUGCACUGUGGGCCAUUCAAGACAUCGCGACAGAACAGUUUAUGAACUGUUUCUACGAUCACCUUGUUCAUGGUGAAAGUGCCAGUGAAUCUCUUCACCAGGCCAUGAAGUGGAUGAGAGCUAACGGCUAUUCUGACGUCAGGCAGUGGGCGCCUUUCAUGCUCAUCGGAGAUAACGUGAAAUUUGAUUUUGAAAAAUAAGACAAGAGGAAUUAAACUUAUUUCUUGAAUUCCAUCAUUGACAAAAGUCCCAAAGGAAAUCAUCCCAUUAGAACUGAUCUUUGACCUUUUAACCAGUGAUGUUCAAUAAUUCGUCAAAAUAAUUUUUAGCUAUUUUUUUUUACCAUCGAAGGAUUUUAUUUACUGGGAAUCCAUUGAAAACAAUUCAAGAUUAAAUAAAGAAAGAAAAUGCAAAGAGAAAUUCUGAGACUUUGUUUAAUACAAUGGAACUUUAUUACAGAAUAUACUCGAACCUCCACUGAUGGCCACCUCUCUACAACGGCCAC